UCGCUGUUGUGAGAUAAAGGUAUUCUUUCAGUUAUUUUCGUGACGGUUUUCUUAGUUCUAAGAAAUAUAUUUCGAAAUAGUAUUAAGGAAUGACUCGAAACGUUCAAUUGCAAACAGGUCGCCCCGUUAUCUAGAAUUUCCAGUAGGUAGCGGUGUAAAAUUAUAGUGUAAAUCGCCCAGCGCUGACGACACCAAUGAUGUCGCGUAUCCUUACCCAACAGAUACUAAGUGAUAGUAUAAUAGUAAAAACCGGCAUAUCCUGUUUUUCGUCUGGGAUCUCAACGUAACGCGCAUACCAUUUCCGAUUCACAAACGAAAACACGCCUACUAUACAUAACAAUGAAUGAAAUGUAUGCGUUCUUGUAUCGUUAUCGAGGACUGUUGGGCCGCGUUUCCUUGUUGGUAAGCAAGGGAACCGCGUUCUAUCAUUACGCAACCGGCAGCUUAGCGAUGUUUGCCCGUUUUGCACAGAAAAACCUCUCUCUAGGCUAUCUUGUUCAUCGAAAUCAGAAUCAUGGUCAACAUAAACAUCCUCCCCCGCAUACAUUGUUGUCACAACACCAACGUUAUUUAAAAAAAAAUACAUUCUCCCGUAUAUCGACAACCAGAGAGCCCGUUAAGAAAUUCAAAUGUCCUGAAUCGCAUUAGGCCAGAAACCGAACGAAUAUGUUAAUCGUUAUCUAUAAAAACGAUACCAGGACGACCGUAUCGCUUAGACAACGUCCCGGUCCCCUUUCGGCGACACAUCCCCCACCCGCGACCGACCCCGAAGUUUUCACCACCAAACAUGUUGUCUCUCGUCGUCGCGACGCUUUGUUUCGUUCUUGUGGCGUCGUUUAUCUUCGCCAAGAGACGGCCGGCGGCGUUACGCCUGAAACCGGAUACGCUAGAACCUCCGUCGCCCAUGGGGCUGCCGAUAAUUGGCCACAUGCACCUCCUCGGUGGCUACGAGGUCCCUUAUCAAGCGUUCACGGAAUUGAAAAAGAAGUUCGGGAACGUGGUGAAACUGCAGCUCGGUACCGUCAGCUGCGUCGUCGUCAACGGGAGAAAAAACAUCAGGGAAGCCCUCGUCACCAAGGGGCACCAUUUCGACUACCGGCCCGAUUUCGAACGUUACCGGAGGUUGUUUUCCGGCAACAAACAAAACUCGCUGGCGUUCUGCGACUGGUCGGCCACGCAGAAAACGAGGCGGAACAUGUUGAAAGCGUACACGUUUCCUCGCGCCUUUUCCAAUAAUUUCUUCGAGCUGGACGACAUCAUCGCCGUCGAGACGCGCCGCCUCGUCAACUCGAUCGUGCCCGGCGUCCGCUUCGACUUAAAGCCCCAGAUCCUAAAAACGUGCGCCAAUAUUUUCACGACCCAUUUCUGCUCGGAGACGUUCGACGCUGACGACGCAGCUUUCACGAGGAUGACGGAAAACUUCGACGAGAUCUUUUACGAGGUCAACCAGGGCUACGCGGCCGACUUUCUGCCGUUCUUGCUGCCUUUGCACCAAAAGAACCUGCAGAGGAUGACGCAGGUGGCGCGGGAGAUCCGCGAAUUCAUCAAUCGAGACCUCCUGAAGAAUAAGUACGAGGAUUUCGACGGCUCCGCGACUCCCUCCGAUUACCUGGAGAGCCUGAUCGGACAUGUAAAGAAGGAAGGGUCGGGUUUCGAUAUGGAGACGGCGCUGUUUGCCCUCGAAGAUAUACUUGGAGGGCAUUCCGCAGUAGGAAAUUUCCUCAUGAAGCUGUUCGGAUUUUUGGCGAAGGAGCCGGAAGUGCAGAGGAAAGUUCAAGCUGAAAUCGCGUCGGUGGUGGGGGGCGAAAGGCCCGUGAGUAUCUGCGAUCGGAACCGGAUGCCGUACACGGAGGCGGUCAUCUUCGAGGCGAUCAGGGUGAUUGCCUCACCAAUAGUGCCCCGAGUGGCCAACCAGACGAGCUCCAUUGACGGUUACCGGAUCGAGAAGGGCACCUUGUUGUUCCUUAACAAUUACGACCUGAGCACUUGUCCCGAGCUCUGGGCGAAGCCCGACAAAUUCCAACCGGAAAGGUUCGUCAGGGACGGCAAACUUCACAAGCCCGACCAUUUCCUGCCGUUCGGGGGCGGCAGGAGGAGCUGCAUGGGGUACAAGCUGGUCCAGCUGGUGUCAUUCGGCGUGGUGGGGACAGUCCUGCAAAAUUUCACCAUCGUUCCGGUCGAGGGCGAGAACUACCGCGUACCCGUAGGAUCGUUGGCCUUGAAAAAGGACACUUUCAAGUUUGGGUUCGAGAAGAGGCGCGGGCCCGCGACUUUGUCGUCGCCGGUACCGUUGUGA